AUGCCUUUCAACCCUCCCCAGGCGGGGAUCUUUCCGCCCGAUGAUAAUUUGUAUCGCUUUCAAACAAAUAUUUCUACGGAUUCAGACUCAACAAUAUCCCUCUCAUACCUCGAAGAUUACGAGGUUCCAUACCAUUAUUCUCAUACUGGGCGUCCUGCAUUGAAGACAACCGAGACUAAUCUCUUCUCCGAACAGUCCGACACGGAACCCCUCAUUACCCCUACACCCGUCGACUUUCCCGACAAACCGGCUGUCGUCGAAGAGAAACAAGGAUUUAUUGAGUUCAGGGUGGUCAACAACGAUAAUUCGAGGGAGAGCAACAUCAUAUUGACCGGGUUGAAAUGUAUCUUUCAGAAACAAUUGCCGAAAAUGCCCAAGGACUACAUCGCUCGGCUAGUGUACGAUAAAACGCAUCUAUCCAUGGCUAUCAUCAAGCAGCCGCUCGAGGUGGUUGGGGGUAUCACAUACCGGCCCUUCAACUCGAGGAGGUUUGCUGAGAUUGUCUUCUGCGCGAUCUCGUCGGAUCAGCAGGUCAAGGGUUACGGUGCUCAUCUGAUGGCGCACUUGAAAGACUAUGUCAAAGCUACUUCGCCGAUUAUGUAUUUUCUGACCUACGCCGACAACUAUGCGAUUGGUUACUUUAAAAAGCAGGGAUUCACCAAAGAGAUCACUUUGGAGAAGUCGAUUUGGAUGGGGUACAUCAAAGAUUACGAAGGAGGUACAAUCAUGCAAUGCAGCAUGUUGCCCCGGAUCCGCUAUCUGCAGGCUCCCCGAAUGCUUCAGAAGCAAAAAGAGGCGGUCAUGGCCAAGAUUCGGGCAGUGAGCAAGUCUCACAUCGUUCAUCCUCCUCCGGCGCAGUGGAAGAAUGGCAUCGUCGAGAUAGAUCCCAUGUCGAUUCCGGCGAUCAAAGAGUCGGGAUGGUCUCCUUCCAUGGAUGAACUUUCCCGACAACCUCGACACGGCCCGAACUAUAAUCAGCUCCUCCACUUGCUCAACGACAUGCAGAAUCAUACAGCCGCCUGGCCAUUUGCACAGCCUGUCAAUAAAGAUGAGGUGCCUGACUACUAUGAGGUCAUCAAAGAGCCAAUGGAUCUGUCGACAAUGGAGGAACGACUGCAGAACGAUCUGUACCCCAGGCCAGAAGACUUCAUUAAGGAUGCCAAACUCAUAUUCGACAACUGUCGACGCUACAACAACGAAACCACACCGUAUGCGAAAAGCGCCAACAAGCUGGAAAAGUUCAUGUGGCAACAGAUCAAGAAUAUUCCCGAAUGGUCGCACCUGGCGGAAUAA